AUGGGUUGCUGUGGAUCGCCAGUUUUUGACGAAGAAAUAGUCCAUCGACUGGACGAAAAGACUGUAGCAAUCACCGGUGCUUCAGAUGGAAUUGGACUGGCUACGGCGAUUUUGUGCGCUCAACGUGGUGCAAAACUGAUUCUUCUUUGCCGAAAUGUUCAGAAAAUGCAAAACGCGAAAAAUGAUAUUCUAUCCAAUUUCCCGGACGCUGACGUGGUCACGAUCCAGAUGGACUUAACUGAUCUAGCAUCAGUAACUCGAGCAGCAGAAGAGAUAUCCAGUAAAAGCCUUGUUAUUGACAUCUUGGUGGCGAAUGCAGGCGUUGUCUAUUUUCCUUCAAAUUGGCUGUAUUUAACAAAUUCUGUUCAAGUUAUCAAUCAUUUUGCGCAUGCUCUUCUUUUCCAAACACUUUUUGAGAACGACACUUUGAAGGAAGAUUCAAGAGUCAUUUUUGUCGCUAGUGGUGCUCAUGGAUCUGCAAAGGGUGAUGGUUCUUAUUGGAAAACGUAUGCUUCGGAAGAAUCAGCAAAAGGAGCGCUUGGAGAAGGCCCUUCUUUUCAGGCUUAUGCUGAGAGCAAACUUGCAAACAUCCUGUAUUCGCGAGAACUCGCAAGGAAGUAUCCCAAGAUGACAGUUUUAUCUCUCCACCCUGGCGCGGUAGAAACGAAUAUCGGAGGGACAGUGAAAGAAAAGUGCGGCUGCUGCGGCAAAUUCUUAUCAUGA